GGAAGUAACUUUCUAGUCACUUACCAUCUUCUUCCGGAGCGGCAGUGGUCGACCCCGUACUGAAGACUGGUCUCCCUCCACCCUUGACAAGCUAAACAUUAAGUUUUGACAAUUUCAAACGUGCGUGUGAGACGUCUGUCUCUGCCCGCUCUGAGCUCUCCCUGAUGGGCGGCUGGUCCCGCAGUGCUGUGCUGCAGCUGUACCGAGCACUGCUCCGUGCAGGCCAACACUUACAGUACACCGACCGUGAUUACUACCGGCGUGUAGUGACCAGAGAGUUCCGGCGCUGUCAGACCCUCAGCGCCCCAGCAGAGAGGGAGGACGCGCUGAAGAGAGGACAGUUCUUUCUCAACAGCGGGCUGGGUGGGUUGGUGUAG